ACACCAAUGGGAAAUGCUAACAGCGCUAGAAUGUCUAGUUUCAAUUCUGCAUUUAUCCACAAAAAUAAAGCAAAAUAAAUAAUUUUUGUGAUUUCCAUAGAAUAGAACUGGACCCUAGAGCCUCCCGGUACCCAAAGCUAAGCAGAUUCACAGAGUGAGGCGCAGCGUGACAUUUCCCUGCAGCUCCUCCAAACCCAGCAGCCAGCUGCCAUAUUGCUCUCUUAGAGCAUGAUGAUCAUGAUAGGGAUGAUCUUGCUCAGAGAUGUCCUUUUACCUACUGCUAACAUCGGUUGUCCAGAAGGGGCUCAGCCUCCGGCGUCACCUUGCAGGCAAAUCAACGUAGACCACGCCCACUGAGCCGAUUCCAAGGCCACAGACCUCCACCAGUAUUUUUAUUUUAUUUAUUUAUUUUUUUACUCAAGAGAUUUCUCUAAAACCCAGAGAGGAAAUCCAUCUGAACCAGAAGAAACAACAACCCUCACCAGAUGGACGAACAGGAGGAUCCACAUCUUCCAAAUAUCAAAGGGGAACAGGAGGAACUUCUGAAUAAACAGCUAGAAAAUGAACAACGUGCUGAGGAUGUAAGGAUAAAAGAGGAACUUGACCAAUACUGCACCAGUCGGGAUGAAGUCCAGCUCGUAUUGAAGGAGGAAAUGGACACAUUGGUUAUGAAUCCUGCUUGUGAAGAUGGAGACAUCAGGAAACCAGAACUACAUAGACACAUACCCCAGAACUCUCUUGGGGCUGAAGACCAGGAAAAGGGACGAAAAAGAAAAAAGGCAGGACUGUGUAAAAGUCCCAAAACAAGGUCAAAGAGGACAUGUCAGAAAUCCAGAGCACAAACUGACGUUGCACAUGGUUCCAAGAAUAAAAAGCGUAAAACGUUUCACAUCCAAACAGGACAAAACUUGUUUUCCUGUAAAGUUUGUGGGAAGAGUUUCACCCAGAGUAGCCAUUUAAAUAAUCACAUGAGAUCUCAUGCCAGUAAGACACAGCAUCCAUGUGAAGUCUGUGGUAAGUUUCUAAACGACAAAGGCAGUUUAACUGUUCACAUGAGAAUUCACACAGGUGAGAAGCCCUUCACAUGUCCCACCUGUGGGAAAAGUUUUGGUGCACGAAGCAGCUUCAUUGCCCAUAUGAGAACUCACACGGGUGAGAAGCCAUUUCCCUGUCCGAGCUGUAAGAAAUGCUUCAUUGUAAAAAGUCAUUUAAUAACUCAUAUGAGAAUCCACACAGGGGAGAAACCUUUCCAGUGUAUUACCUGUGGGAAGAGUUUUGGAGCGAAAAGUAAUUUAAAUACUCACAUGCGAACUCACACAGGAGAAAAACCUUUUUCAUGCAUUAGCUGUGGGAAAAGUUUCAGUGUUAGGAGUCACCUGAUCACUCACUUGAGAACGCACACAGGUGAGAAACCAUACCCCUGUUCUUACUGUGGAAGAAAUUUUAGUUUGCGAAGCCACUUGAAUGUUCAUAUGAGUACACACACAGGUGAAAAACCUUUUCCAUGUGCCGCAUGUGGGAAAAGCUUUAGAGUAAGGAGCAGUUUGACCAUUCACAUGAGAACGCACACUGACGAGAAGCUGCACAGUUGUGAAGUGUGUUGUAAAGGUUUUACUCAGAGUAGCCGUCUGGCUUCUCACAUGAAGAUUCACACAGGUGAGAGACCUUUUACAUGUCUGAAAUGUGGGAAAGGUUUCAGUACAAAAUCAUAUCUGAAUACACACAUGAGAACUCACACAAAAGAGAAAUCCUACCUGUGUGUAAGCUGUGGAAAUAGUUUCAGUCGAAAAAGCAAUUUAAACAGACACAUGAGGACUCACACUGGCGAGAAACCAUAUGAUUGUGAAGUAUGUGGGAAAUCCUUUGGCUGCAGCGGCAGCUUGACUGUUCAUAUGAGGUCUCACACUGGUGAGAAACCCUUCCCAUGCGUAACCUGUGGGAAAAGUUUCAGUGUGAGAAGUUAUCUGAUAAUUCACAUGAGAACUCACACAGGUGAGAAGCCGUUCCCAUGUGUUACUUGCCGAAAGAGCUUCCUAUUGAGGAGCCAUUUAACUCGUCACAUGAGGGUUCACACCGGUGAGAAGCCGUUCCUUUGUAAAACCUGUGGAAAAGGUUUCAGUGUCAGGUGUCACAUGAUGGCUCACAUGAAAACUCAUAAAAGUGAGAAGGGUCUCUUCUGCGCAGCAACAAUGUGUUCAGUUCAGCCUCUGAGAGAGUUUAUCAGACAGAGACUAACUGCUGCUGCUGAAGAAAUCUUCUCAGAGGUGGAAAAAACCAUCAUCCAGUACCAGGAGGAGAUCGACCGUCAGCGCAGCUGGAGACCCCGAACUGAACAGAACCAAGCAGGAGGCUGUGGGGAGAAUUUGCUAGAACGUGGAGACGCUGUAGAUGAAAUCCAUCCUCCAACACGGCACGCUGUCGCUUUCCCACCAGGCACUGCAGGACGGUCGGCUCGGUUGGACUCUGGUCUUCGCUAUGAUCAUCUCUGUGAGGAUGACAGCUGCAAUGAGCAGCAGCUCUUUACCCGCAGGGUCCAGGAGGAAUUGGGAACUCUACAAGAAGAACUGCAACUUCCAGAGAUUAAAAAGAAGAAAAGGAAGCAACCACAAGCUCCAGAGGUUAAAGAAGAACAUGAAGAACUAUCUAUCAGUCAGGACGCUGAGCAGCUGCUUCUGAAGCAGGAGACAGAAACACUAAUGGUGACCGUUGAUUAUGAGGAAGCUGGCAACAGUGAACCAGAACCAAAUGGUGAACAACUUCUCCCUCAGAGAUCUCCGAAAGCUGAGAAUCAAGAGUCGGGAUCGAGCAGGUCUGAAGAGCCAGAAACAAACCGUCCAUCAAUACAGAGUCAAUAUGACCAAAAUACAAACAAAACUUUAUUCAAAUGUGAUUUCUGUGAUAAAGAAUUUAGGUUUCAAUAUGCAAUGAGAAGGCAUCGGAAAAUCCAUACAGGGGAAAAGCCAUUCUCAUGCAAAACAUGUGGGAAGAGUUUCAUCAGAAAAUUUGCUUUACUGACCCACAUGAGGGUCCACACCGGGGAGAAGCCGUACUCAUGCACCAUCUGUGGUAAAUGUUUCCGAUGCAGCAGCGACUUGUCGAAGCACACAAACAUCCACUCCAGUGAGAAACCAUAUUCCUGUGAAACCUGUCUAAAGAGCUUCACUACGAAGCGCAGCUUGAUCCUUCACAGAAGAUGUCAUUCUGAGGAAAGGCCCUACUUCUGUCCCACAUGUCACAAAGGUUUCAGGAGAAGCGACAACCUUUCAGUCCACAUGAGAACUCACAUGGAUGAGAAGCUGUUCACGUGUGAGUUUUGUGGCAAAAGUUUUAAUCAAAACGUGCAUCUGGUGAUCCACAGGAGAACACACACAGGGGAGAGCCCGUACCCCUGCAACCAGUGUGAGAAAAGAUUUAAAAACAGAUCAGCUUUGAACAGCCACCUCAGACUGCACACUGAAAACCCACUUUAGAGCUUCAUAAUUCUAAUUAUGAUAAUUAAUAAUUAGAAUUAAUGAUUCUUAUGAUUUUCAGGAAGGAGCAGCUUUCUCCCUUGUUCAGAACAGGAGUUCUGGUGAUUGGUGCAAUUAGAUUUUCUAAAAGGAAUUUUUUUAUUAUCUUUAACCUUUUGUGUCCUUUAAGUUUUUCUGUGGCGGUGAAAAGCGAAAAUCUGCAUGAACAAACUUGUCUUUGUCUGUAUGGUGACUAGGGGAGCUAUAGGAGGGCUAUUUUCCUACCUUCUCCGCUUACUCUGCCUGCAGCUGAUGCUAAGCUAGCUAACCUGUAGCUGAAUGUUUGAACUCAAGAGUAGGCUAUUUUUGCCCUGUCCCAAUAGUCACACUCCCGACCUCGUGUCCCACUGUUGCAGAUUCCCGCUGAGGGUUUGCAGUAUCUAGGGUGUCCUAAUUCUCUAGAGCGCUCUGUUGUGAUGCCCCCUAUGCCUAAUUGGUCCACACCAGAUUAAGGCACACUUCAAAACAGACUUCAGUGAAGUGUACCCACAAUUCAUUGCUGCUUACAUUUUUGAAAUAAACAGCAGAGAUGUGGGGAUUUUCACCGGCCCAGCUCCAGUGCUUGUUACAAAAAAAAUAAGUUCUUCAAAUGUAAAGAUUGAGAUUAUUGACUUUGUACUGCACUCUACAUAUGGGAAUAGCAUGGAGAUUUUGCUCUGUAUUCAACAAGUGAAAAACAAAGCAGCCACAUAUCUGGGGCCAUUGCUUUAGAAUCUAUAAAGGCUCAUAUUGUACAUGUAAAACCACGCUACCACGUUCUUAAAAUGUACACUAUAAUUGGCGUAUGUCAAAUUCACUCAUUUUCACGGUCGGAUGAGAGGACUUUCAUGCUGUACCAUUUCAACAGAUUUUCAUGCUUGUAACCUGUGUACUCUAACCCUUUAGUGCACUUCCACCAGGUUUACACUUCAGAGGAGUGUAGGGUGUAGUGUGAGUAUUGAGACAAGGACAUUGUGGCCUAAUCCCCAACCGCUUCCUAAGCACUAACCCUUAACCAGCCACCCCUCAUGGUCCCACCAAUCAUCCAGCACACAUGUUGUGCCUUCUCUUGUCCUUAUAGUGAAAAAAUUAAAUAAAACUACAGGGUUUGGGAUGACCCUCAAUCUGGUGCACCCUCUGUGAGAACACGUAAACUGAGGGUUAGUGUUUAGUGAUAGUGUUUAAGGGGGGAUUGGGAUUGGGCCUGUUUUUUUUUUUACUUAGAUUUGUCGGAGCCGUAAUUACGUUCCGCUCACAGAAAACCUGCAGGGCAGGGUUUGACAUGCGUCGGGAUGUAUGAAAUAAAUGGUGCAUGAAAAUGUUGUUCGUCAUGCAAACUUUUAACUGACAAUAAUAAAUUAAAAACUGAUUAUGUGA